AACAAAUGAGGAAAGGGUUCGAGAGUUAAGAGUGUUUCGUUGUUAAGUAACAAGCCUAUGAUCUGACUACUGGGCAGCUAAUAGUAUUAAAAAGUACGCAAAUCCGAUAUUGUGUUUCCAGACUGAGUCAGUGGCGGAGGUUUGGGAUUCAUACCGGCAGAAAUGGAGUACCUUGGAAUCGAUCUCAGCUGUGCGUUGGGAUCUCUCCGUCACGGCCAAUUCCCUGAAAAAGACUGCUUGCUUCCCCUGAUUUCCAAGCUUCUCGGCUAUGCCAUUGUUGCCGCUUCCACCACCGUCAAACUCCCUCAGAUAUUAAAGAUUUUAAAGCAUAGAAGUGUUAGAGGCCUUAGUGUUGUAUCUUUUGAGCUUGAGGUAGUUGGUUACACCAUUGCUCUUGCCUAUUGUCUCAAAAAAGGACUUCCCUUCUCAGCUUAUGGGGAACUAGCCUUUCUUCUGAUCCAAGGAAUUAUUUUAGUUUCUAUAAUUUACUAUUUCUCUCAACCUGUGGGUAUAACAACAUGGAUGAGAGCCUUACUAUAUUGUGCUGUUGCACCAACCAUCCUAGCUGGCCAAAUUGAUCCUAUUCUCUUUGAAGCUCUCUAUGCUUCCCAACAUGCAAUUUUUCUUAUUGCCAGGAUCCCUCAAAUAUGGGAGAACUUUUCUAACAAAAGUACAGGGGAGCUCAGCUUCUUAACAUGUUUAAUGAAUUUCGCUGGCUCUAUGGUUAGAGUAUUCACCAGCAUCCAGGAAAAAGCACCAACAAGUGUUCUGCUGGGCUCGUGUAUUGGUAUUGCAACAAAUGGUACCAUUCUGAGUCAGAUAAUUAUAUAUAGAAAGCCACAUUCUGGAAAAGACAAGAAAACAAAGUAGACAACUAUGAAAGUUUAUGCUAACUUUGCUUCUGUUGAAGGUUGCCACCAUUCCGGCAAGUGAGCUAGCUAACCUUUUAAUGUCUAUGAAUGUUCAUGGAGGUAUUUUACUUUUUGUACUACUUUUCAAGCUUAGCUUUGUCCAAAAUUUAACAGGUCUUGCAAUUGAGCAACUGUUGGUAGUCGUAUUUGUAUAAUGGAUUUUUUUUUUUUUUUUUUUUAAUAUGAAAUAUAUUUGUAGAAUGGAGUUGGUUAUUCAUAUAUCUUCCUUUGCUUUUUAGCAGACGGGAUGGUAUUGCUAUAGGGUUUAAGUUUAAUCAAAGUUAUAGCAGAUUGCUUUUCUUCUCA